CGAGGGCCAGAGGGCUGCUGGUAGGCGGCUCAAGGCCUCGCGUCCACCUGCCCGCCCGCUCCCGCUGCAGUCUGUCCCGGGUCUGCGCCGGCCCUGGCCCAUGGCGGCGUCAGCGGCCCUGUCUGCAGCGGUGGCGGCGGCGGCCCUGUCGGGCCUGGCGGUGAGGCUGUCGCGCUCGGCCGCGGCCCGCGGCUCGUACGGCGCCUUCUGCAAGGGGCUCACGCGCACGCUGAUCACCUUCUACGACCUGGCCUGGCGGCUGCGCAUGAACUUCCCCUACUUCUACAUCGUGGCCUCGGUGAUGCUCAACGUCCGCCUGCAGGUGCAGAUCGAGUGAGCAUCCGCGGCAACCUCAGCCCGGCCGCGACGGCAGAGGCACCAGCAUGAAGGACCGCGGGGCCCAGGGCCGCCGGCACUCCGCGGGGGAAGGAAGAGGGGCGGCCCGCGCCCCCAGGCCCUAGAUCUCCGCGGAGGACCGAGCCCCGUGCCCCCGCUCCUGCCACCCUUGACGCGGCCAGAGAUUAACUGCACAGAAACUCGUGAAACGGGCCCUUUCCAUCGAACUCGAGAAAAUUAUUUGCCUGCGGCUGACCUGUUGCCUCACCUUGGCCGAAGCGGGGAGCAGAAGGAAGAAAUUCUGCAGCAGGUACCUGAAGGACUGGCCCUGACCAAAGAGGCUGGCCCCCUGCCCAGGAUCGCAUGGGAGAGGCUCCUCUGGAUGGGCCGGCAUUGGUCCUGGAGGGCCUGGCUGCGCUGCUGACUGGCGCACCCGGAGCGGUGCAGAGGGGAGCCGGGAGAGACCCUGGCCCUCACCCCCCACCCGGUCCCACAUCUGCUCGGGCACUGAUUGCUUGUGGUCCACGACGUACUCAGAGUUCCUGGGCCGGAGAACCACAGCAGCCUGGCUGCGCCCCGCCCCGGGACCGAGCGGCCGAGCCUCACCACGUGCCCCGCUCAGCCGCCCAGCUGGAGCCGGGGUCCUGUGGCCGCACAGGCUGCUGUCCACCCCAGCAUGAGAUCCGGUGACGAUCCCAGGGCCUGAGGCUGCACCGAGGCCACCACGUGCCCCUCGCAGAUGCCACAGACGGGGCCUGAAGGCUUCCUUCCUUGCGCCAAGUCGCCCAGGAGCCCCUGGUCCUGGUGGCCCCUCCUCCACCCCGACUGUGUCUACCCAGGACCACUUCUGGGAGGCUGCCAGCCUGCGGACUGCAUCCGUGGAGCUCUGGGGACAGCCUCUGAGAGACUGACGUGGGGCUGAUGGGAGGAGAGCAGAGAGGACGAGGGGCCUCCUUGGAGCUGAUGGGCAGAUGUGCCCCUUUCAAGCCCAGGUCUCCCCCUCUGGGUGACUCGAUCCCCAGCUCCAGCCUCUUCCUGGGCCAGGCAGGGAGGAGGAGGGCCCGGGAAUGGCACGAGGGAGGCUCUUCACUGACCGUGUGUGUGCGUGUGUGACUGUGCAUGUGUGUGCGUGUGUGUGUGAAUGUUCCCACAUGCACACGAGUGGCUGUGCAUUGUAGCGGGCGUGCAGCUGUUGAGCAGGGUGAGCUGCUCAGGGUGCCCUGUCCUCCCUGGGCUCGGGGCUCACCCGGAGCUGCCUGGGGCCGCUUCCCAGCAGGGAGAAAGUGUGUUGGAGCCUCAGGGUCCCCGGGCUCAGAGACCCCCCUCUCUCCUGCAGAGAAUCUCAUCCCCUCCCCAUGAGAGGGGCACAGCAGUGGCUCUGGCUGGGGCUGUCUGCGCCCAGAGGGAUUGGCCAUGGGAGGGGCCGGGGACAUGUCCUCAGCAUGUGUUCCUGCCCUUGCUGUUCUUACCAUUUUGGCCUUGAGUAGUCCGCUGCUUCUGCUUUCCUACCUCUUCCUCGUCUCCCCACUGGGCCCUUGCUGCUUGACGGGCUCUCAAUGCACUUUAUUUAUCUGCAGUCUGUUUCUCAGGCAGCGGCGCUUGGACACCGACGUGAAUAAGACGACGUUCACGUUUCUGUGUGUGAUGAACUCUGCAGCAGUCAGCACAGUCUGGGCAGAGACAUGUUCUUGUUUCUGGUGUUGUCAAAAAUUGUUGUCCGUCUAAGUUAAGAAAAAAGUCCUUUGCGUUCAAUAAAAUGG